AUGUCGGUCCGUUGGCUUAUUGUGGCCUCACGACUCGCCUGCUCCAGUGGUGAGGCCGCGGUAGCGGAACUUGGUCAGGCUGCAAUCACAUACACUUUGCACCAGCUACAGAACCAUCCUUGUUACCCCACCAAAAUCGUUAAAAUGCCUACUAACAAUAGGAUGUGCGAGAAUAUGAAUCGCUCACUUUGCUCGGUUCGCUACAAGCUUGGCUUUACCCCGGAGAUACAUUCUACAAUUGGCUUGUAUGGUUGUGUCGACUUGGAGAAGUGCGAGUCUAUGGAAGAGUUUAAUUUUAUGUUAGAUAGAUUCUGUGAAGUUCCUAGCUGCUCUAUAUUUGCAGCCGAAGAUGACAAUCGAGUCGAUGGUGACCGUUUACUGUGCAUAACAACCCAGACCUUACUAUGCGAUAGUGCCAACCGGUUUAGUCCUAUCGUCGACAGAGCUGAUCACGUUGCAAUGGUUUGUCAAGACGAAGAUAAUCCUAACGGCGACACAUCUAACAGCGACAGGGAUCGAGCCGUGGAGACCCGGAGGCUGUUGGCGGAUAACGUACGUGACCUCCCCAUGCUCAACUUCGAUAAAGAAGCUGGCACUCAAAAAGGAGAAGAACGAGAAGGAGACGGCCGAACUUUAAAGGACGACGUCAUGAUGUUGGGUACACAGUUGAUGGCUGGAUUAGUGGACUGCGGUAUGGGCUAUUAUCGAGACAUGCCUAGUCUAUUGUUUUCAGGUACGACUACAAGUUUAGGGUCGUAUUCCUCGUGUUUGUCCCACCACAAUAGAGACGAGUUCCAGUACUGUACAGUUCAGUUUGAUAGCAUGCUGUACCAAGGCGAGUGUCUGCCGAAGGGCUGUACGCCGCACACGUUCUACAACCUGCUUAACUUUAUCUGUGGCGAAGUUGGCAAACGCGAUGGAGACCCAGCCUACACCGGAAUGGAAACGUGUGUGGACUUUUUAGACUCCAUUCCUCCAAUGCUUUGUUUAUCCGCACAAAUGCUAGGGUGUGGUAAUACCAUGACGGCUGUAAGUAAUCAGCAAGACAUCCUGAGCGUCAUCACGACGCCAAGAGCAUUACCCAACAACCGUCGCCAACACCAUCGUUCGGCUCAUCGCUCUCAUUACCGACACUCAGCCAAUCAUGACUUAGCCAAUCAUGACUUAGCCAAUCAUGGGUUAGCCAACAAUGGAAAUACUACUCGAAACGCUAGAGGUAAUGACAGUGAAUCAAAGCGCCUGUCUGCUAUCGGAGAUAUCUUUGUUGGUGGAGGUUACGAUUGGCCAAAUCGCAUGCCUGGCAUGCCUCUGCAUCUCUUCCAGAAUUUCGCGAGAAAGGUCCAGAAAAUAAUCGAAAAUGACAGGGAUCUUCAGUCCCUCUUUCCUGUUAGGACUCCUAUGGCCAGAAACCUGAUAGGAGGUAGCCCAUUUGGAGAAAGCUCGUUUGGCGACAACCUGCUAGGAUCUUUGGGGACUGGAUUGCUAGGAGGGGACGGUGGAAGGAUGCUAUCGUCGGAUGUUCGUUUAUACGACGAUAGUGGUAACGGCGACGGAACCGGAAUGAAUAAAACUGGGGAUCGGACGUCGUGGUGGAGUCGUGGGGAAGAUACUAUCCGGUUGCACAGAUAUGAGUCACCUGCCGGGCUUCGCUACCGUGUGAGGUGUGGUGGAUGGACUGCAGUCUUGGAUGACUCCCGCUUCAAUAAGGCCGUAGGGGUCUUGGUUGUGUUGGUGGCUGUCUUGCUCCCUCUUUACCCGACGAAUCGUCGUCUGAUUAGGGGUUGGGUUGGUAAUAUCAGCUCUAAUAUUCAGGAUUGCUCCAGCAGAGCUAAGUUUCUCGGUCGUGGCGAUUUCAGUCAUGUGUGUGGUCUGAGAUCGUUGAAUAUGUUUUGGGUCGUUCUAGGUCACACUUUCACGUUUUCCUGGCAGGAAGGAGUCGAUCAGAACUUGAAGGAGGCAUUGGGUCUGGUCCACGAUUAUAAGUUUCAAUUCAUCAUCAGUGGACAACUGGCUGUGGACUCCUUCUUCUUCCUUUCGGGUUUGAUGUAUGGGCUAUUCGGCAGCUCAAAAUUAGAAGCCGUUUACGCCUCCACUCGUGACUCCUCCAGUCGUGGUGGCUCUACGGGCAUGCGUGCUACGCGGGUGGCAAAGUAUGCUGGGCUUCUAAUGAUUAAACGCUACUUGCGUCUGGUUCCCACGAUGUCCUUGGUAUUGGCAUUUUCAUACUUUGUGCUUCCGUACCUGGGCUCUGGCCCGAUGUGGGUGCCUUACGUUGACUAUUUACGGUAUGGCAUGACACCUGAUCGGUCUGGUGGGUGUUACAAGUACUGGUGGAACGUUUUGACUUUGACAAAUAACCUCUCAAGGGGAGCAGAAGGCCUGCAGUGUUUGGGACACACAUGGUACUUGUCGAACGACUUCCAGUUUUAUAUACUAGGUAAUGCGCUGGUGAUCCUCUCAUGCUUGACAAGCAGGAAGGUUAUGUACUCAGCCGCUGCUGGAGUACUGGCGGUGGCCUCUAUCUACUCCUACCAUGUGGUUAGGACCGAACAUUUGCAUUUCAGUAUCCCGGCCUUCAGCGACUCGUCCAUCACCCCCGCGCAAGAAGGAGGUACCAUGGAACUGAUGCAGAACUGGGCCACGUUUUACGUCAAGCCCUGGUGCAGAAUUGGCCCGUACCUUGUGGGUCUAGCAGCAGGAAUCUGCCAGCGUGACGGGUGGUUUGAAAAACAAAUAACUUUGCUAAAACCUUGCGCCACUUCCGGCGCCGGUAACUCCGCUGGCUCCAAUUCGAAUGACACUCGCAGAAUAGACGAAGACGAAGCAGCCGAUGAAACACACCAAGAACUCGCACCAGAUGAGUCGCCCAUACUCGACCACGACCACUGUCCUUCUCCAGAGCACGUGACUAGUCCUACAAGACGGUUACUGCUUGGCCGCCUCAACCGGAACUACCGACAACUGGACACCAUGGACGCUGCACCAGAAUAUACGCCGGUUGCUGAUCCCUAUAUAGUCAGCCUCUACACCGCCCUCUCGCUCAUCGGCGCCUGGGCCUGCUGCGUCUCUGUUCCCUACCUUGCCAACAAGGGGAAAACCUUGACCUGGAACGUCACGCUGGACCAACUGUGGUUCGUGUACAACCGUACCCUCUGGGCACUCUGUCUCGCUUGGUUCUCCCUUGUACUUGUCUACGUCCGCACCAGCACCAAGGACAUCGUGGUCAAAAAUCCCAUACUUGUCGUCCUCAAAGAAAUCCUAGCCAACAGGCCGAUGGCCCUGUGCAGCGUCUAUACCUUCACGUUUUACCUCGUGCACCCUCUUGUUGAACAGGCAUACUACGCAACCAGGACUACAGACGUUUGCCUAAACAAUCUGAUUGGGUGGUUUGCGACGAUUUCCCACUUCUGUUUCACUGCCUUCUUCGGCGUGUUGACAACGGCCAUGAUUGAAUUCCCUUUGGGGAAGAUCUUUACAGCUAUUGGUCUGUAG